AAUCAAGAUGGCCGCAAGUAGCCGAGCUCGUGUUCGACUUUCGGAAGCUUCACAAGCCUUUCUAAAUGACGAUGCAGACGCCCGAGCUUCUGGAGAAUAUUCUGCUGAAGAUUCUACAUCAGAAAAGGUUAAAUAUAUAUUUUUAAAAGUUAAAUGCACGAAUUUCGUCCUCUCGCAGAUAUGCCAAACUCGUAAACUUCUCAAUAACUUAUUGCUUCAAUCAAGACUGUUUCCUUUGUCAGUGUUUCGUUGAGAGGAAAAUAAGCAAAUCUGUGCAUAACAAUGAUUAUUGUAAGGGUCAGGGUCAGAUUGAACUCACUCCAAACAAACUUUUUUUUUUCAGGUAAUUGAUUUGCUUAAUCAAGCUCAGCUGGAGAAGGAAAACAAACUGAAUUGUCUGAAACAGGUAAGCUUACCGUAUGCAACCACAGAGUACACUACGGAGCAGUGCUCAGUGGUAUAAACACACCUUAUUUGAAGGUUUAACAUUUAAUACAAGCGGAUAUGUUACGAGUUGCUUGGUGUUUUAUACGAGCAAUGAGCAAAAUUUCCGUUCGUAUUAUUGUACAUACACAACAAACCAUCAAAUAAGGGAAAUACUGUUCCACUGUUAUUUCAUUUUCCAACGUUUUGGCUUCUGGUUUCGAACAACUUUCUACGGCCUUCUUUGAGCCUGUUACCGAUCGCAUAUAAAGCUUACGUGGAAGAUAAAAACCACAGAAACGAAACGAUUUAAAUGUUUUUUCAAUCAUGACCUACUUAAGAAUCAGAUGGGCUUCAAAGUUUGCUGCUGAAAAAUUCAUACAGUACCAAAAAAAAGAGAAAAGUGAAAGUGUGGAUCGUUUAUAGUGGCCAUUUUGUUGGUCCUCUUUCCAUUCUUAAUUUGCCUUGUUAUAAAGUGUACUGCUGUGGAAAUGUGUUAGUUCUAUCUUGUGAGAGCAGUAUGGAGUGUGCUUGAGGACAUUCCAGAUAUUCUUACUCCAAAAUAUUACCCUACCCAACCACCAGCAUGAAGCAUUGUUGAAAGUGUAGGCCCACAGCUCUUGCUGCAGUUUCUUUUAGGAUAAUACUGAAAGGGAUUUUUACCUCUUUUUCUGUUUCUGUCACAGGUCCAAGAGUUCAUUGUGAACAAAGACCCAACCCUUCUUGAUAAUUUUUUAGAUGUAAGUACAACUUAUUUUUAAUUAUUUGUUUGUUAUUUUAACCCUUUAACUCCCAAGAUGUAAUCAGUGAUUCUCCUUAUCAUCUGCCAAAUGAUUCUCACAAUGGUAGCAGGAGAAUUUGGUAUCAGAUCAAUUAGUAAUCCCAUAAUUAAUAUUUUUCUUUAUUCUCAUCACUUGUCUACUUGAAACUAUAUUAAUAUAGUGAAGAGAAAUGCUGUCUUGGUCACUCAUGUGAGUUAAAGGGUUAAUUACAAUACCCCUUAAUAAUAAUAUAUUAACAAACAUCAUUUCUAAUACCUGAUAUUUACAUGUUGUUUUCAAUUUAAAGCAAACAUUUCAGACACUUACCUUGGGCUAAGACAUUCUACAAAUGAGAUGCAGUGUACUUUGUUGUUCCCACAACAUAGAGGGUGUACAUGUAUUUUCUUUUACCUGUAAUUAAUUGCUUAACUUUAUUACAUUGUUUUUGUGGAUGCAGUAGUCAAAUAAAGGCCAAUGAUAUUUUGUAAUCUGAAGUUUUUUUUCGAAAUUUUGUUCCAAAGGAAAUCCUGGUUUUCCAGCAAGAUCGAUCAGCAGAUGUACGUAAAUUUGUGGUUGGAUUCAUUGAGGAGGCAUGGUAUGUCUGUAAUUGUUUAUUAAAGUAUUAGUAGAAUUGAAAUAUCAGUAGUCAUGAAAAAGUCUUAAAAGAGUGUUCUUGUAAGACUUUGCUCGUAACUUGAGGGUUUUUUAAAUCCUUGUUACAAAUCUUGAAAAACUCUUGUUCAAGGUGCUUCUUCCCCCUUCCAAUGUUGGCCAUUAGAAAAAGUGUUAUGCUUGCAGAAAUAUCAACACAGUGAGGAGCAGUUUGUAUGAAGAAAAUUGAAAGUGGGUUAAUGGUGUUUUGCCAUUCUCCUUGAGAAGUUGCAAUUUCAUUACCCAUUACCCUCAGUAGUUUAUCAGUUUUCCUUGAGAGUUCACCAGUGUCCAUACUGAUUUACUCCUAGGCAAAGAGAGGAACUGAGAGCCUAGCGCUUUCUUUCUUUUAUUCUUUUCACCCUAAUGUCAGUAUGCAUAUUGAUUCUUCAUACUGUUCUUUGUACAUUUCCUAAUUUUCAGACUGGGAGAAUAAAUUAUGUUUAACAAUCAAGAGUUUUCUUAGUUGGUGAUCAUUCCCUUUAUUCUCCCAACCUUAACAGGUCAUUUGGGGGUGAUAUUGUAAGGAGAAAGUAGAUGGUAGUCACUCUUAGGGGACAAAGCCCUGUUUCUUAGGGUCAGAGGGUUAAAAGCGACACUCAAUAAGACCAUGACCUCUUGGUGCUUAGCAGUAACUGACUAUCUAUAGCUAGGCUUUUUUCUUUCUGGUUGAUUAUUAUCAAUUAUGACAACUUAUUUUCCUGUUCAGCAACACUGUCUUUAGCUCCAAUGAAUGGCUAACACUUGAAACUUCAGUUUUGAAACUCGUUAUGGUGGCCAAUUUACGUUAGCAUCUCAGUUAAUGAUACCAAAUUACCUUGUUAUACUAUCCCACUGACACAGCACCACAGUUUCUUAAGAAACUUGCCCUCUUUACACUGACAGUAAUUUUGCUUGAAACAUGUUUCUUUUUAUGUACCACAUGACUCAUUCAUGUACCUAAUAGACUAUUAACUUUGAUCUCAAAUCUGCAGCAAAAAAGACAUUGAACUGUUGAGCAAGGUGCUCAACAAUCUGGGUUUUAUGUUGAAUGAUGAUAAUGUUGCUGUUCAGAAGCGAGUCAUGCUGUGUUUUACACAGCUGUACAAGUAUGCUUUACAGGUCAGUAAAUGUUUGUUUCAAAUUUAAAGUGUUUUCACUUAUUUUAUGCAUGUACAUCUAAAGUUGAAGUGAAGUUUUUGCUAACCCUUACCAACACUUUAACUCAGAUUGUAUUAACUAGUGCUUUGUCUCCUUCUUCGAUUAGUACAUCUGCAAGCAAAAAGCAAUAUCUGAAGAGCUCGAACGCAUGUGGGAGGUGAGUAGAUUGAAUUUUCUUUGACAAAUUGUACAAUUAACUUUUGCCUUGUAGACACCCUGAAAUUGAAGAAAGGUGUUGACCCUUUGUCAGAGCGAUUGAUGAAAGGCUAACACUUGAAUAGUCAGCCUUUAAACUCUUUAUGGUGGCCAAUUUAUGUUGUCAACUCAGUUGAUAACACUUAAUCACCCUGUAUAUUAAAAGAUUUGUAUAUUGUAAGAUCUCUAAAUUCUUAUCUCCAUUGUAUCCCUCUGUUACCUGUAGCUAUCAGUAUUGUGGUGUCUUUAUUUCUUGUUUGUUUUUUUUUUUGUUUCAACUUUAUUCUGUUUUUACCUACAGCUUCUCAUCCAGAUAAAGGAACAGAUUAUUGAUAUGCUGGAAUCUGACAAUGAUGGGUAAUGUGAAAACUUUUUAAAAUUAUAUAUAUAUAUAUAUAUAUAUAUAUAAUACAUGACCAAUGUACCCUCAAUUGCUACAAAAUUAUGUGUAGCUACAAUAUAGUAAGCUUUUGAGCAAGCACUUUUUAUUAGCACUGCAGCUAAUGAAAUAAAAUGUGUGUUUCUCCAUCAGUGGGAAGAUUUGAGAUGACUUAGGGAGAGGUUUGCUGGGAUCUGGCCUCAUUGUCAUUGAUAAACCCCUUACAGACCACUCAUUGGUUCACAUUUCACAAGGACUCAGACUUUCCCCUAGGCGAAGAAUUGUGUGCCAAAGCUUGCAGGCUAUAGUACUAGUACAUAAGUUUAUAAAAUCUAAUUUUUCUCAAAAUGGGAUUUUUUCCAUUUCAGAAUAAGAACUCAUGCUAUAAAGUUUAUGGAGAUGCUUGUUCUUGUCCAGUCACUUAAAACUCAGGUAUGCUUUGUUAUUUCUUUGAAAAGGCAAAAGAAAAUGUAUUAAGUGUAACCAUGUAUGUUAUUAAUGCAGGAUUCUGAGUCACUGAAGAAAGGUGAGGCUGACAUCUCAUUGGAGAUAGUUCCCAGAAAUCAUCCUCUAAUCAAGAUGACAGAACUAAGAGAGGAGGGAGGAUCAACACUGGAGUCUCUACUCACCCUCAUUGCAUCUCACACCAUCUCCAGGUUUGCUUUGGAUGGAGUUCUUUAAGUUUAGAAGUAAACAGUUUUGAUUUGCGAUUCUAAAUGAAAGCGCACUUUGCAAUGUAACACCUAUAUUGAAUUGUCAGCUUGGGGCAGGGCUAUUUGUUGUUGUUGUUGUCAUCACCAUCAUUAAGCAUUGUUAACCUGUCAAGGCUGAUGGAGUUGUUGUUGAUGCAAGCUUUUAUUCCUUUGUUAACUGCAAAGUUAUAGUACUGGAGCUACUACCCCAUGAAGCUACAUGUACAGUUAAACUAAUCAAGAUUGAUGUUUGAAGUGUGGGUGCAACUGAUUUUUGAAUCAAUUAACUUGCAAUGAGCUCCAGAGCAUCAUGAUCUCCCCAUUUAAGACAAGGUCGCACAGGGAGUUGCAGCAUGUCUGGGACAACCUUGCUUGGGAGCAACAUGACUACUAACGAUUCAAACAAAGUUGUAAAUGUUAACUGUAUGCUUUACCUGUAAACCUAGCAUAUUAACCCUUUAACUCCCAAGAUCUGAUUGUUAAUUCUCUCGGCUAGUUGCUUCACAUUUCCCUCGAAAUAAGUGACAAGAAUUUGAUGUUAGAUCAAGAUAGCAACUUCUAUCUACUGAAGUCGAGUUUUCUCAUUAUCUGCUUGCUGGAUAAUGUGUAGAUGUUAUAGGAAGAAGUUACAUGUUAAUCACUUCAAUCUGUAUCUAUCACCAGUGUUAACCUCAUGGCUUCCCUUGGAUCCCUGUCAGCAAUUGCUCGUCAAAGGCCUGCUUUUAUGUCCAUUGUUGUUCAGGCAUUUGAGUCCCUCCAUGGUAAGAAAUUACUUUUCAUGUCUUUUGUGGUCUUUGUACUUUUUCAUGUUACAAAGAGAGUUUAUAUGUAUUAUUCACCAGCCAGGAGGUCUGUAUUGGGAAAAAAUAAAAGAAAUUACAUAGGGGAGGUUGAAGAUAACACAGCAUCAAAAAUGUUAAUGCAAUUUCAUUCAAAAAUAAGAAUUACUUUGUCACAUCUAAUCUUGGAUGCUUUAUACAAUGUAAAUUUCAUGUAGAUAUUUUUUAAAUCUUUCUCAACAGCUAAUCUUCCAACCUCUCUGAGCAAAUCGCAAGUCAGCAGUGUUAGGAAAAAUCUGAAGGUAUUUUUUGUUAAAAAAUGAAAUUUCAUUUUACAAUUUAGAACUUAGCAAUUCAUCUGUUCCAUUCUAACGGUAACAGAUACACUGAUGUACUUAUUACUGUCAGAAAGAUGAAGGAAUUAAUUGAGCCUAAAUCUUCUGCCAGACUUAAACUGUGGUUUUAGACAUCAACAGAACUCAAGCUUUGGCUGUUUGAAGUAAAUAUUAAAUGUUUUUCCACUGAGGGCAGUCAGCCUUCUUCACACCAUUCACAAAAAUCAGUUUUCUUUCUGAAGAAUUACUGAUCAGUAUGUCAAGCUAUUAAAUUAUGCUUCAAAUUUACAAUUGCUAUCAGGGUGAGUUGAUUAAUGACAAAAAUAAGUGUGAACCUUUACUGUUAAGACUGCUCUAACAAGAAAAAGACCUUACUGUUUUGCUUUAAAGUCCCCUUUCCUAUUCAUUGCUGCACACAAACUAAGCAAGUCUUAUUUAGGGAGAAGGUACUACAUGUAUUUGUCUGGCAUUCUUAAAACAGUUAUAUACAUGUAUGUUGCUGAUCUUUGAAAUGAUGUGAAAUUUAAAUAGUGCUGUGGUACUUUUUCAUUGGAAGAGCUAAUUGCUAAUUGUAAUUUUUUUACAUCAUUUUAGCUUCAUCUGAUGAGUUUGAUGAAACAUCCAUCUUCAAGUAAGUGAAAUUAAAUCUCAGACGUUUUUUCUCCCAUUUUUUUUUUUUUCGGGGCAUUAGUUGUAGCCCCAGAGUCAACUUGCUCGUUCUUCCACUUUAUCCAACUCUGUUAAUGCAAAUGGUACAUUUUCUUGUAAAGAUGGAAAGUGAGAAAUCAUACUUGUAAACUAAUUUGAUUGAACCUGGGGAUGAAAAUUAUGCAAAGAAAUUAUCAUAAGUGGCUUGAUGAAAUGUAUUUUUAAGGAAUGAUUUGUUUUCAAAUUCCUCUAUGGGAAAGAAGAACCCUUUAAAAUUGGUCUAGCUUUCAAUAUGUGGCCUCUUAACACAGUUUGUGGUUUUGAGGCUUGAGUUUCUUCAUGCUUCUUUUCUGUUAUUACUAAAAUUGCAGUUUAUCUGUGAGUAUCUUUAUUUGCUUGAUUUUUAUCUGCAGGUCAAUUGAAAUUUAUUUCAUUGUAAGUUGUUAAGCAGAUGUUGUUAUUGUUUUUCAGUUGAGUUCCUUCCCCAGAUUACCACACUUUUAACAGAUCUUGGGGCUUCUCAGGCUGAGGUCAGUAUCGUUGACGGAAACCUAGUGCAUAAAAGUUUAAAAAAAAAGUGUUAUAGCUGUAAAUUAUAAAGGCUCUGACACAGCCGGUCGCUACACUUCUUUUGGAUGUAGGGUUACGUGACAUCUUUCAGAACCUAAACGCGAGAGACUUAAGAUUAUGUGGCUACAAUUGUUUCUUUGAUAUCUUGAGGACUCGCCCCAUUGCAAGUUCGCCCCCUCCUGGAUGACUUCGCCCAAGCAUGGGAUGAAACCUCUAUAAACCAUUUUUUUGUACUUUCAAUCAGUGAAUUUUGAUUUGAUGUUUUCUUUGAUUUCUGUAGCUUCAAAGGAAUAUGCCAAAAGCCAGUGCCGAGAAAAGAAGGUUAGUCAGUUUAUGCAUAGAUCAUGUCGCUUCAAGACUGAGUUCAUAAUAUAAGUUGGCCACCGUUUUGAAGUCUAAAAACCACAUGAUAUUAAUCUUUGUUGUAUUUUGAUUUGACCUUCGAGGUCUGAACCAGAAGCGGCGACUUCAAAGAAGCCGAAGCUUGAUGUAAGUAAAAUUCUGAAAAAAACACAGAAACAAAAACAAUAACGAACCAAACACACACGUUGAGAAGCUCGUGACAAGACCUACAAAUAUUUUUCUCAACUUUGUCAGACUGAAGAGAUAGAGACGAUGUCUGCAUCAGAUGCGGUAGACAUGACAGCACAGGAUAUUAUCCCCAGACUCAACAAAGACACUGUAACAGACCUUGUACUGGUCAGCAUGUUGGCUCUUCCUGACAGCAUUCCUUCCCACUUCCACGACACCUACACCCCCAUCGCCGCCGCAGGUGGACAGGCGCAGGUUGUUCAUCUUGCUCGACUGUUAGCCACCCAGAUGAAUGCUGCCAAGAUUGGAAAAGGCUAUGAGAGAAUGGAAGCUUUGCGAAAGGUAUGUGUCUGGUUAAAUAUUGUCUGAGAUCUAAAAGUUAGAAAGGAGAAACUGGAGGUGGAAGGGGGGAGGGGGGCAGGGGUUGUUUGGUUAUCGUAAAAAGGGAGAUUCCAGAUUUAUUAAGAUUCCAAAAUGUUUACAAAAUCGCUGAAUUGAAUGAAGAUUCGUCAAACUCGCCAACCUGAAAGUUAUGUGAACGGUACAUUAAACCCUUUUAUAGAGUGGGUAAUCAAAAAACGACAGAAAACGGCAGCUGCGGUUGUUAGAGAAACGGCUGACGACGUGGAAGCCAGACGUUGGGAAAAACUUGCCGUAUUUUCCCAUCUAUACUGCCGAAGAUCUCAUUAGGGAAAAUUUCUCUACUUGUUACUUUGAUUGCGCCGUAAACAUUCGUCGUUGUAUCGUAUCAACAGGCUCAGAAUGACCCACGAAUGAAGGAGGAGAGUAUGUCGAUCCCCGUGAUUGGUGGACCAGGCUUUAACGCGCCUGGCGCUGAGGACGAUCCUAUGGUAAGUGAUGGAAAGAUUCAUGUACUUUUUCAGUUGAUGACAGAGUCUUACUUGGAACAAUUAGUCCGCAAUGUUCCACAAAGGCCCAGUUGUAACGUUCGAACAAACGGGGCCAGGAGUCGAAUCGCGUUAGCCCUUCGUCAGAGCGAAGGGCUAACGCUCGAAACGUCAGCUUUAAAACUCUUUACGGUGGCCAAUUUACAUUAUCAGCUCAGUUGAUGGUACAAAAUUACCCUGAUUAUUACUUCGAAUGGUUUUCAACGAGCUGGAGACGAGUUACGCGGGGAAAGGGGGAAGGGACUAAUACCUGGAUCCUUUUGUUUGCUAGUCUUAAUUGUAACUCGUUUAUAUAUAGUAUCAUUUUUUUUCUCAGUUUAUGUUUGGUGUACCUAAACCCGAGGAGGAUUCAGCUUUGCAAAGGAUGCUAGGUAAACGAUGAAUUAAGCUUCAUUGUUAGAAGUUCAGUUAUAUGAACACCAGAACCCUUUCCUGUCACACCUGGUUUCAAUUUGAACUAAACGCAGCCUAGAUGAGGCUUAAGAAAAGUUUCUUAACUUUGUUUGUGUCCCAUGCGGACAACUUCUGAUGAAACUUAUAUCACGUGGGAUCUACGUAAUCCGCCUACACUAUCAAAUUAAACACAGCGGUCAAACGUAGGGCAUGCGCGAGGGGAUCAAUUUUGACCUUCCGCGCGCUGAUUUUCCGCGCAAAAGUUUAAAGGGAAAUGUAAGAAACAGCUGCCGCCUCGCAGAAUAAGCGAGAGGAAUUUAGGAUGGUAAAUCAUCGUAUCAUUUUCAUCAUAGGUGGACACCUUGAGGCAACUAAAGAAAAGAGACCGAUGGAUAUAAAAAAGGUAUCGGAGAAGGCUGUUUUCCCUUGCUUGAUAUGAAUGAAACUUCAUGUUUGAUAACAGUAUUAACCCUUUGAACCCUAAGAGAGACCAGCAUCUAAUUUCUCCCAACAAAAUCCCUCAUGAAACACACAUUAAGGUCAUGAGAAUAAAGGAAAUGAUCACCAACUAUUCAAGCUUUUGAUUGUUUAACAAAUUCUCCUUGUCAGCACCUGAGGAAAUUUUAUAGAGAACAGUAUGGAGAAUUUGCAUCCUGAUGUUAGGGUGUGAAGGGAUAAUGCAGUGAUGAAGCAGAAUGCACGAGUAACAGUUUUAUAAAAAAAUAACUACUUAUUUAAAUAAAGGUUAUGUAAAUUAUUAUAUAGGUUAGAAACGGAAGAGAGUUGCAAAUAUCCUUACACCCUCAGAAAUUGAUGUAUUUGUUUAUCAGAUUUAAUGUUAGUGCUUUUUUCUUUCUUAGACGCCAUUUGUACCUAAAGAACCUGCUGUCCCUCAGCUGGUAGGAUCAUUUUUCGUUAAUUAGUGAAAACUUUUUUGUGAGUCUGAGAUCCCAUGUGUUCGUUUAUUCACCAUGAAACGAUUUAACGGAGGGUGAAAGGGAUCUAUCAAUUGGUGCGCUGGACUUUGGACUGAGAGGUCUGGGGUAGAGCCAGGGGCGGGCUCAGUGUCUGAUGUUGUUGGACCAGGCCCUUCACUCGGCAGUGCUCUACUGCUAACUGCCUGGGAAGUUUGUAAAAUGUUAAGGGAAGGUGGGGAUCGCGAUUCUCCUAGUCUCUUUAUGUCUAUACCGAGGUUGUUCUUCUCAAUGAAAUAUCACUGCAAGUUUUGGAAAAAACGAGAGAAAGGAAAGUUUUUUAAUCACCUUUUUUCGUUUGCUUGAAUGUUUGUUAUAUAAUAUGCAGCGCAUGAGGAAGAUCAAGCCAUUCAAGUUAUCUGAUGUGACAAGGGAAUUGAAUCCGGACGAACGACAAAGUAUGAUGACGAACGCUGUCAGUAGAAUACUUGCCUCCGAAGGUGAGAAUCUGAGAAGGUCUGGUGAGACAAAGUGACAGAGUAUCUAAAGCUUUCCUUCUCGUAAAUAUCUUACAGUUGUCUUUUAUCCGUGUUUUUUUUUUUUUUCGUUAUUUGUUUGUUUGUUCGUCGGUUGGUUUGUCUCUUUUUUUGUGUCGUUGCUAUUUGAUAUAACGAAGAUUGACUAACGGGUGGAAAUAAAAGCAACAAUAGCAAAAGUUGAAGAAAUACUGAAAUAAUGAAUUUUCUCCGUAACCAACCGGAAGUCGGUCAGUAUGUUGUCACAAGUGUGUUUUUUUUUUUUUUGUUUGUUUUUUUUUUUUUACAUGUGGACCUUUUACAUGGUCUUGCUGGCCGAUGAGUUCUCCUCAGCUCUUUGGAAGAGCAUCAGAACGAGAAAUUAAAAGUGAUAGCGGUUGCAAUUCUCUUUGAUGCUCUCAUCUUCUACGCUCGUCUUAAGUAUUUGACCGCGGUUUUCUUCUUGAAAUCAAAGCAGAUGUAUCUUUAACUCUUCUUUUACUUGUUUCUUCGUAGGUAGUGCUGCAAGGAGCGGAGUUACACAGGUAGAUUUUUAUACGAGAUUUAUUUACAAAUUUUGUUCCUCUUCUUCUAUCCAAGCCUGUACAAAUCUUAUUUUAUGCUGUAAAACAACUUCCCUGUGACGUUUUUGUGUCCAUGUUGGCAGUCGGUGAGAUGAUAAAGGUAUUCUUAAUGACCCUUUUUUCGGCAGGAACGCAUCAAUCUCAUUGUCGGACUUGUUACACAAUUGGGAGGGGAUCUUAAAAUGGGUAAGUCCUCUUUUUUUUCCUAUCCUUUUCUUUUGUUUUCCUUCAGAGGAAUUGGCUGAAACUUCAAUCGCACAGAAAAAAUGCUAAGUUUUAUUUGUUGUCUAGUUGUUGGUGCCUAUCUUGUGCGACCGCUGGAGGUUGGCACAACUUUUUAAUUACCAGCCGUUGUGCGGGAAAUUAGGACCGCAUCCGAGGGACCCACGUGUUUCUAAAGCAAUCACACAAUCAUCCUGAACUGAAACCAAAUGCAGUACCUGUUUUCCCUUUAAAUUCAAUCGAAAAUUUUAUCGUGGAUCGUAAAAGAAAACAGCAACAACAUUGUUUAACUUGUUCUUAUGACCUGUGAAAGUUUUUGGAUUACCUUGUCAUUUCUUAAAUUUUAAGCGUUCUUUUGUGCUUUUGAUGGAUGAUUUCAAAUUGUGUUACUUUCUAUCACUGCAGUUCUCCAAGAAUUUAUUCAGGAGGAGAUCCGAUCCCGAUAUGAUCUGUUGAUGUCCUGGCUAUAUCAAGAAUACGCAUCAUCAGAAAUUGAAGGAAUAGAUGAGGAUUCUGACCUGCGCCAAUCGUACAGUGAUUGUCUUCUAAAUCUUAUGGACGGACUUUACGCUAAACUGGAUCCUAAGGAUAAGUAAGUAAUUCCUCUUCAUUCCCAAUGAAACUCCAAUUUUUUUUUGUUAAGGGGGGGGGAAGGUAUCACAUGGACUCAGAGGAAACGGCGGUGGGUCAGUCGUUGGUUACAGAGCAUAAAGGGGUCGGGACUAUAGAAAAUUGACUGCCAAUUAGGGAGGAUGUAAAAUACUACAGAGCCUUACGGGGGAUCAGGUGAAUUUUUGUUGUGAUACAACCAAAAUCCUACGACCGCUUCUUCCCCCCACCCCCCCCCCUCCAGAUGGUAAAUCAUGACUUGUUAUGGAAACUGCAGAGCUGUCAGGCUGGAGGAACCUUUUUUUUUUCCUCGCUCGCUCCGCUUUCGCUCCCGCCUACAUACUAGAAUCAUGUGUUAGUGUUCCUUUUGUUUUACGUGUAUUUUAAUAAUUAAGACGACCCUUGUUUCUCUAACAGAUUGUUUACUCGUAUUCUCCUUGACAUCCCGGCAUUAACGGACGGAGCAGUAAUGGCUGUGAGAAUGUAUUGUGAAGACUUGGUGAGUAAAGACUGCAUCAGAAGUCACGAACUUUGCACCAGUUAGUCACAUGAUCGAUGAUCUUGAAAAUUGUGUCAAAGAGCAACUAUCUUUUUAAAUUGAGUGUGCGUAAAGAACUCGUUUGAAAAAAUACCAACACAAACGACUCGCCCAGCGACCAGGAGUAUUCAUUCCUCUUUCGCGGUGUGGAAUGGAUAUUUAUAAGCCCCCUUCCCCUCCGUAUUUCGUCAUGCUUCAUUGACAGUUUGCUGAUUUACGCUUUUUUAUUCCUCGGGUUUUGAUAUCAGAUGUCAACAUUUCUUUUUCUCCCAACUCGGCUUUCACAGGUCGUCUUGUAAGUAAGUCUAAUACUAGUCUCCUUCUCAGCCGUCCUUAGGGAUGUCACGCAACGUAUUUCCCAGAAGAAGGAAAAGGAAUGCAGUACGGAUGUGACCAGCCGCCACUUUUGGGGGAAGCGUUGCGUGACAAACCAAGGAAGAACUGCGAUGGCAUCAGUUAUUCCGAAACUUAUUUACUUCUGUUUUUUUUUUUUACCUUUAUGAGCCAGUGCAUCAGAAUUCAUCACGUAAGUUAGAGUGUAAGUGUUUGCUGCUCUUUCUUUGUAGGAUCGGCUUCAAGUUGGAUUCUCUACUCUAAGAGAACUAAUCUUAAAACGUCCAGCCACCCAAGAGCAGUUGUUACAGACUCUGCUAGAGCUGACCACGAACGAGAAGGAGCAAGUUAGGGUGCAGGCCAUUCACUCGGCCAAGAAACUCCACACGCGGCCUGAACUCGCCGAAUCUAUUGAGGUAAGUGUUGCUCUUUCAGAAUGAUUAUCUCGCAAUUGAAAUAGAGCGACCUAGAUUUUCCCCUUACCGUUGUUCACAUGAUGUUUAUUCUGCUUACUUGGUGUGAAUUUCAGAAAUAUGCGCUCACUUCCUUGCAACAAUUGUUAGCCGACCAUCCACCCGCUCCGGAAGGACUGGACCCAGAUAUAGGUACAGGCCUCAUUAAGCAUCUUAGCUCGUUUGUUUUUUCUUUGCUUUUUUUCCUUUCUCCUUUGGUGGCACGAAAAAAUAACAUCUUACCAAUUGCGUCAAGAUCAUAUUUACAGAAACAUUAUAUAUAUAUAUAUAUAUAUAUAUAUAUAUAUUUUUUUUUUUGUGGGGGGGGGGGAGGGGAAUAACGAACGCUGUGCAAAGCGAGGGUGAAAAUUAUCCAACACUCAAUUCGGAAACAACACGCAACUUGUAUAACGGUUUGUUGGGGGGGACUGUAUUUUUCUUUGAGAGGUUGUGACAAGAAACACGUUGGAAGUUACAGAGGAUUAACUCUUUCCUUAAAUCGUUUUUGUCUUUGUCUGUCUUGCAGAAGUAGCUCCUGGCGAGUGGACAGAUGACACGAUCAAACUUUGUCUUUAUCUAUACCUCGCGUUGCUUCCACAAAACCACAAGUUGUUUCACGAGUAAGUCAGUAACUUACAUACAACAGUAAUAUAAGUAGAUACCUUGGAGGAGAGUUGUAACUUAACAAGGGCCCUCUGGGGUUCUUGGAGUUGCUUAACUUGGGUGGGCUUUUCAUGAUUAGGGGUGUGGUAGAGAGUACGGAAACUGUUAUUUGUUGGUCGAAAUGUUUGCCGAGGUCACACAAGAAAAAAAAAAAUGUUUAAAAAUCAUUCAGUUUAACCUAAAGCUUAUUUCUUUCGUUCUUGUUAUCAUUGUAUGUAUAAAUUUAGAAAGAAAAGCACUGUACUGUAAUUCUACUCAGUUCGUGAUCUCAUUUUCAAAGCUUUACAGGGUAUCCCUUUUCUGUAUUCUACUGAACCUCAGUUAUUGCUGACUCUCACAUGAUGAAAAACAGUAGGAGAUAGAGAAUUGUUUUACUGCGGCGCUAGCCCCUAGGAAUGUCAACCAGUUUCAAGGCGAAGGACUGUGUGUGCAAUUCCAAGAAAGCACAUAACCUUCCUUUUAAAAUAUUUUUGCCAAGCGUCAAUCUGGCGCAGUGAAACCUCCGUUUAUCUAUUUUAAGGCGAUUGAUUGAUAGUUUUCGCUUUGCCGUUUGCAUUAGUGACUCAGACCUGAUCAGAAUUCCCGUGUUAUAACUCUCGAAAGCUUCCACUCGGUACGCCUGGUAAUGAGGUCAGCAGUCGGUAAGGAGAAGGGCUGGAAACUAGAUGAAGAUCAUCGAGCCAGACGACUGUAUCAUUCCUAAAACCUUAACUUACUUGUUUCUACUUUUCUUGUCCAUCCUAGGUUGGCCAAAGUGUACACAGCUUCCUCGCAAAUCAUAAAAAGAAUCAUUCUCAGACACCUUGAACAUCCUGUAAGUAUCCUGAGUCUGUUUAAACGUAAUUUGGCGCACGGAAGAGGCGUAGCUAUUACAAAGGACUUUCCUGUGGUUUUCUUAGUACUGUUCCUUGGUCAUUACGGAGUUGUUUCGUUAAAUCCCGACCCCGUUAUAACCAACCCUGAGCACGCUAUGCAGUCCGUCAGAUGGGUCUUAUUUAUAUUUUUUCAACCGAAAUCUUUCAGGUUCGUGCAAUUGGCAUGGCUUCUCCUGAGCUCUUGCAGUUGGUGGAGAACUGUCCUACAGGCGCUGAAACUCUUAUUGCCAGAAUCUUGAACAUUAUUACCGACAAAGGUAGUGUGAUGAUUUAUUUUUUUGAGAUCAAACUCCAUUUUAACCUGUAGUAUGAUAAAGUCGAGAGAGGAAAUUAGUGAAAUAGUGUCGCAGAAAUGUACGAAAUAUUUUAUUGCCACUGAUAGGAAAUUGACUUGAAAACGUUGAGUGCAGAAAUAGGCAAGCGAAGUCGAAUCAAUAUCAGUAUCUGGGCAACUGCCCACCUACUCCUCCCCUAACCCAACAUUAACCCUAGCUUGUUAUCAAUUGACUGUUGUUGAGUUAGGGGAGGGGUAGGUGGGCAGUUGCCCAGAUACUGAUAUUGAUCCGCGAAGCCAUUGUUUUUACGCAAAGGAGAGAACUAAAACAAACUUUUUACAACGAUGAAGGCGUCUUUCUUUACUUCUUAAGAAAGUGAUCACUUUUUGCCUCUCCUCAGUUGAUCUGUGAACUUUAGUCUCUAAACGUUCCUGAGAAUUAAAGUAAUGAAGUACACAGGUUGGAGUCGAAACUCUACCAACGAGUGCUCAUUUUGGCUUUUUCUUUGGCUUCUAGCGGUGCCCACGGAUGAACUGGUGAAGCGAGUCAAAGAGCUGUACCACAAGCGUGUGUCUGAUGUGCGAUUCCUGAUUCCUGUACUUACUGGACUGAAAAAACAAGAGAUUAUCGCUGUGCUGCCCAAACUGAUCAAACAGUCGCCCAGCGUGGUCAAAGAAGUGUUUAACAGGCUGCUAGGAUGCUUCCAUAGUGAGUACAGUGUUUCGCUGGAAUAGAUGAAAACACAAUUCGGCCUGAGUGACCGCGCGGUAUCAGAAGUUGUUACGUAUCAGUUACCUCUUCAUUAUUUCACCACUAUUGCCGCAUCCCACAAGUGUACCGUAUUUGUAUCUCUGCAUACUUUUAUGUGGGAUUUCCAAAGCCAUCACGUUUGCCAUUCCUAAUCAGUGAGGUCGAAGCAACUUUCAAUGGCUCUUAACAUGGCGUUUCUCUUCUUCCUCGUUCAUUUUUCGGAUUGUAAAGAACUUAAUUGACCAACAUUUUCUCUUUCAUGCAAAAUCUGUGGCUAACUUAUUGGUAUCAUGUCAUCGAGAAGAAUUGCCUGGUUGCAAUUUGUUUCAUGUUUUGAUGUGUUACCUCACUAGAGAAGACGCCGCACAGGUCUUUAUCAAUUUUUUUUUCACCCUGGGAUUGCGUAGUCAGGAUCGUUCAGCUCCCAGCGCUUUUUCACGGGUUUAAUCUACCGACUUAGCGUCACAUAUGUGUCGAGUUUAACAUGUGGUUUUCGACCUUUCCAGAAGGAUAUUUCUCUAAGUUCUCACAUUUUCCAUCUUCCUGAAAAACUAAUACAUCAAAUUCCAAUUCGUCCUCAAAUUAGUGGAUGAAAAAGCAUUGUGGAUAUGUGCCACAGCUUGAUUUACUAUGGUUUUUCUUUGUUGUGUACUUUGUGUUCACAACGCAGCGGACUCCUCAAUUUUUGCACUUCAAACUUCGCAUGAUCACUGCAUCCCGUUACGUUCAUGCCUUUAUUGUACUAUUUCCUUUUGUUUACUUUUUUGAAGUAGCUGAAAAGUGGCUAUGUGAAGAAUGUCGGGGAAAAAAGGAAAACUGGAAGGAUUUGCUGGUUUAAUAAGAUGACUAACAAUGUGUUUUUCCUUAUUAGGUGAUUCUAAAGUAUCCGCCACUAGCCCCCUCAGUCCGUCCGAGCUCCUGGUUGCUCUUCAUCAGAUCGAGGCUAAAAGUGACAUGAAGUCUGUUAUGAAAGGUAACCCAGUAUUCAAAGAGGAAGAUUUCGAUUAGAUUUUAACAAUUGUUCCCUAAGGAAGGAACUAUUAAGGGAUAAAUUUUCAAUUGAUUUUGGACACUGAUGAAAGAUUUAAGAUUUUGGACACUAGUGGCCGACUUUCGAUUUUUUGUUUUCGCUCCAGGACCCCGAAAUUGAAACUCGGCCCCUAGUGUCCAAAAUCGAAGAUCGCCCACGAGGGUCCAAAGUAGAAAAUCGGCCAUUGGGGCCCAAAAUCGGAAAUCGGCCAUUAGUAUCCAAGUGGGCCUCUAGUGAUCGAAAAUCGGCCACUAGGGUCCAAAAUUGAAAACCGGUACCAGUGUCCAAAAUUGAAAAUCGGCCACUAGGGUUCAAAUUCAUCUUUCGAUUUUGGAUUCAAGAGGCCAAUUUACAAUUUUCGAUUUUAUAUACUAGUGACUGAUGACAAGUUUAUAAAAAUACGUGUUUCAUUCCUCCCCCAGCCAGCAGCUUGUGUUUCGCGGAGAAGACCAUUUACACUCAAGAGGUGCUAGCAGUGGUUCUGCAUCAGUUGAUGGAAAUGAAUCCUCUCCCUACCCUAUUUAUGAGAACGGUAAAUUUCUUUUUAACAAUUUAAAUUCUUCUCCCUCCCUAAAGUUUUUUCUUUCUCUCCUCAGUAUGAGAUAGGCUCAUUUAAGACUGACUGCAAUUCCAUUUUACGCCGCCAGAACACAAUUGUGAAUAUUCAGCAGCAGAUUGUGUCACCCACACAUUUGUAUCACAGACCGUUCUCUUGUUUUGUGAAAAGUGCACCUGUAAUAAGAGACAAUAACAUUUUUGUAGCGUUAUCGAGUUGCUUACAUUGUAUCUUCACCCUGUAGGUGAUCCAGUCUCUCAGUAUUUGUCCUCGGUUGGUCGGUUUUGUCAUGAAUAUUCUCGCAAAACUUAUCACAAAACAGGUGAGUAAACUAAGGCCACAAUGUUUUCUUUAUCACCGAAAAGUGGACUGACUUUAGACUGAAGCGACAGACUUAAUAGAUAAUAGCGUCCGAUUUUGGACACUAGUGUCCGAUUUUAGACACCUGUGUCUGACUGUAGACAUUAGUGUCCGAAUAUAGACACUUUUGACUGAUUUUAGACCCUAGAGUCCGAUUUUGGACACCAGUGUCCGAUUUUACACACAAGUGUCUUAUCUUGGACGCUAGUGUCCGAAAUCGGGCGCUAGGGUGCGGUUUUUAGACUCAAUGUCAGAUUUUAGACUCUAGUGUUCAAUUUUCAGUUCUUUAUUGACCCUCCACUGAUUCUUUUGUUCAAGGUGUGGAAACAGCCAAAAGUGUGGCAGGGAUUUGUGAAGUGUUGUCAGGUAAUUUUUCAAGCUCUCAAAAUUAGAACUUUGACUCCUAAUUGAGUGUAAUUUAUGGGCCUCAUGGUCCUAUAGAGGCAGAGCAACUGCGCACAUACCCCUCCCCUAAGCCAACAUUAACCCUAACUUGUUAUUAGUGGCCUUUUUUUUGGUUAGAAGGGGGGUAGGUACGCAGCUGUUCAGAUACUGACGUUGAUCCAAUUUAUACAUCGUCUUUUCAGACGCACUAGUAGUAAACGCAGUUCUGUACACAACUGAAGUGGUCAAUCUAUAUAUAUCUAAAAAAAGACCCAAGGUUUGACUGGUGCCGAUAUUCCUUUAUUAACGAUAUUUAUUCCGCAGUUCAAAUUUCUUAAUUUUCAUUUACUGCCUUUGCACAUUUGAACUAGAAAAAUAAUAGUCACGCUAACAUUUAAUACUUCUUUUUCUUGUCAGAUGACCAAGCCUCAGUCCUUCUCGGUCCUUCUUCAACUCCCUCCCCGACAGUUAGAGAGUGUAUUUGAGGUAAGACAUCUUGAAAGUUCUCGGUCGUAAAGAUAAAUUCCGUCUACUCUUUGCCAUACCUUAGGUGAAUUGUGAGUAUGCGAAUGUGCGGCAAUACGUCAUCUAGGAAGUGCAAUUUCCUAAUCCUUCUCCCUCGGCAGCCACCCACCUUGUCCCCCUCCCCCUCCCCCUCUCGCUCCCCACCAAUCCCUCCGUUGUGUGUUUACGUGGAAAUUUUUGACUCGUGAACAAACAUACGUAAGAUACAGAUGAUAGUAUCGUGAUGAGUUACUUUAUUCAUGAAAAAUUUGAAGAGAAUUAUGAAGAAGGUAAUUUUCUCAGUAUUUUUUCAGGUUCCUUGACGCACAAGUUUUGUUAUAAUUUUCUAAUCACAUUAUUUUUCAGAUUUGCCCAGAGCUCAAAGAAAAUCUGGUUUUGCAUGUUCAGUCGUUCACUCCUCACCAGGUAAGCUCGGUUGAUCAUUGGUGAUCAGUGCUUCAUAUCAAAACAGCCACAGCUCAGCUUUCACGUAAUAACAGAGCUCCAAGGCUGUAAGAUCGAAACAUCCGCGUAGAGUCAAGCUGUAUCCCUUAAUUACCAUAGAAGGCUUAUAUAUAGAGAGCAACCUACAUAUUACAGAAAUUUGUUCAGUUGGCUUCAAAUUUGUGUUCAUUCAAGCAUGAUACAGGUAACAGAUUGAAAGAAGGUAAAGCGUUUUCAAGGUCGCGCCUUCACAAUUGUGGACAAAUAUACGCUAAAAUUUGUUACCUUAAAUUUUCAAAAGACCAUUGAAUGGUCGGAACUUGUUUCUCCUUCAUCGCCUUUUUUUGUGGUUGCACCUCGUCUGGGUCCCAUAAGAAAACGAGAAACAAAAACACCUGACGAGAAAAAGGGACGAUAUAAGUGCACCGUAUAAAUCCUGUCAGAGUUGAGUUCUUUCCGUGCGAGUUCUGUUCACUUCAGUGAGAGCGCUCUUCAGAGUAACUUAGAAACUUCAAUUCAAAAUAAGUGUAAACAUGAACUAUAUGCAGAUUAAUGGAAACUGAAGACAACUACACAACGUAGAAAAAAGUAAUUAAGCAUUGUAGGAAAAUAACUGUUUGAGCAGCGAGUUUAUUUUUCCUUACAGCGAGCUCACAUACCAAGAUCCCUGUUGCAAAUCUUAGAAAAGGACGGAAAAAAAGACGAAAAGAAACCGAAACCAGAAAAACCAGAUAAGGAACAAAUCGACCCUGAGGAAGAGGAGGAGGAAGAGGAAGAGGAAGACUCAACGAAGGGCGACAAAUCUCCGAAGCGGACACGAUCACACAUCAGGGAGGCGCUGAAAGAUAAACGGAAAUCACGAAGAUCGCGCUCUCGCUCCAGGUCACCGCGGAAGAAACGGGAGAAAAGUGCUGGCGAAGAAAGUGCAAGCGAAGGGGAAAUCAACUAA